CACAAAGAAUAACGACCAUUCAACUUGAUGGGGUGCAGUAUUUCGUAUCGAGAAUGAAUCCAUACAGUCCGGAAUUGAACUAUUUCUUAGCUUACCAAUAUUGUCGCUCACUGGGUCUUCAGUUAGCUUCUUUCGAAACAAAAGAAAAAGCUGACACGAUGACCCAAUAUCUAAAAAAUGCUGGUUACACUAAAUAUGAUUUCUGGACGUCUGGUAAUAAGCUCGGUACUGAUAUGUUCCUGUGGAUGAGCACGGGUUUGCCAUUCAAUGCUACUUUUGACUAUAUGCUCAAGCGACCUGGCAACAGACCCGUAGACGUGCCACCAGGUACCGAACCACAAAGGGUAGCCCGUGAAAGUGGGGAUAGCGGUAGCGCAGAUGGCUGUGUAGCAAUGAUCGCUCCGACUUUAUCAUGGGAGGGACAGGAUUGUACCCUCAUCAAGGAUUUUAUUUGCGAGCAGACGCGAUGCUACUAUUACAACUAUGGCAGUAUUCCAGUUUCCGCGACACAGGGAAAUCGUAGGCCUUAUAUAAUAACCACGGCCAAGCCAGCUGAGGAAGAAAACACGGAUACCACACGCGACAAUGAAAAAUUGACCUCAGAAAAGUCUCCGGCAAAGAUUAUGAAAGAUCCCAUCCUUAAAAGGCUGGCCAUGGCCGCUCCCUCUUCUGAAGCGAAAACCGAAAAUCCCGUGAUUGACAAUCAAGAAAGUUCAUUUGUGGAGAAGAAAGACACUCCGCCGGAAUACAUCCCGGAUAUUGCUACACUCUUCACAGAUGGUUCACCCACAGAUGAACGUGACACAGUAUUCAAAGACUUUCAGACACACGAGAUCCACUCGAUCCCUCGUAGCGAUAUACGAACGGCGGAAUUGCGUAAUAUCCCGGCUCCCGAUUAUGAUAACAACGCGGAAACUGAGUUACCCAAUAAUACCCUUGAUGAAGCUCACACAAUUGGCCCAUACGACACUGUUCAAGAUUACGUAAAUGACGAAGGUGACCUCGGCUAUCCUAUCAAGGAACAAGAUGAUGAUGCGAGUACGAUUCUCCCAGAAGCGGAACCGGCCUACAGGUACAAUAUUAAGGUACGCACUAACGGUAAAGUAUUAGACCCUCCGUCCAAGUAAGCUAAUUAUUUGAACAUUUUCAAUGUCAUUAAUGUUAUUUUCCAUAACAAGAGUGCUCGCUCAAUACGUACAGUCCACCAUUCAAUAACGCUAAUGAAUAUGCUGGGAAAUAUGUGAUAUUAUUUCUAUUAUCGGGUUGUCUAUCAAUUAUAAUUGUUUUAUCUUCAUGAUUUAUUAAGGCCCUAUUCUACUUUUUCGGUCAAAAAAAUUAAUGAUUUUUAGAAUUUUUUUUAGUAGAAAGACAAGUGCUAUCGGUUCAAUUUUUUUAUUCGAAAACACAUUCUUUAAACAGGAAACAAAUUUUGUAAAUUAAAAGUUUAGAAAAUUAAACAUAAAAUAGUUGGCGUUGCGCGGAGGUCCUUGAAAAAAAUCGUUCCUACUGACGUUACUACAUGUGAAACACAAAAAUCAAAAUUAUUCUUAAUUAAUAAGACUACCGCUAUGGCUGGUACCAGAAUUAAUACUAAACAAAAAAAUUUCAAAAUUACUCGAGUUUAAAAAAACCGAUCAAAAACGCGGGUUUUUUAAUCUUAUUUGUUAAACAAAAAUAUGUAUUUUUUUCUUUUUAUUCUAAUUUUGGUAGGGACGAUAGCCAAUGAUGUGUAGAAUAGUGUAUUAAAAUCUUAAACAGAUCAGACGAGUAUUUUUUUCAAUAUCACCUGCGCCAGGUGAAAAAAAAAUUAGUUUUGAGAUAAAUCGAUUUAAAGUUUGAUAUCAACUUAAAACUUGUUAAAAAUACACUUACUCUCAACUUAUGCCGACUGGGUUUUUCCUCUCUAAAGGCCGAUAUAUUAAGAAUUUCUCGAUGAAAUUUUACUUGAGUUUUUAAAAAUAUGUAUUAUAGAAAUAUUAUCAAAAAAAAUCGAAUUUUUUUUAAAGUUCAAAAGUAGAAUAGGCCUUAAUGGCAAUUAUUUGACAUUGAUUAAUGAAUUUUGUUUACUUCUAGUAAAUGUGAACACCAUUAUUAUUUUAAGAAGACAUUCUAACCCGUCGUCUUGAUAUCAAGCGGGAAUAUUUACCUCUUAUGCUUCACGAAUUAUUUGUAUUACAAUACGCAGAUUAUUCUCGUGAAUUAUUUUAAUGUAUUAUGUAUUAUUUAAAUGAACUACUUAAUACGUCAAUCCAUAUUAAGUAGUCGCUAUCUCACAUACCCCAUGUUCAUGUAUAGACGUUAUGUCAUGGAAAGUACAUCAUGGGAUCGCAGGCAUUACAAUCAAAUCGCUUACAGAUUCUACAGUGAAAAAAUUUGAAAAUAGCUGUUUGGCGUAGGACUGGGGGUCCACUUGUGCCACAUUUAUGAUAUAACUAAUAAUCAUAAUCACAAUAAUACGUGUGCAAGACGAAAUAUUGACUAAAACUAUAUAACAAACACUCAAAAUUUGAGUGUACACAAUGUUUCUGUCAUCCAAACGUAUACUGAUAUCCAGUUCGUUUUUAAGCCAAACGUUUAGCUACUAAGUUUCCUUUUAUUGAUUGAUCAAUAUCAAUGUGAAUGAGUAUUUUGUAUGACUGAACAUCAAUAAAAGUAUUGCUAUAUAGA